CUCUUCUCCUCGCGCCGCCGCCAUGUCGAAGCGCGGGAGGGGAGGGACGGCGGGGAACAAGUUCCGCAUGUCGCUGGGUCUCCCCGUCGCAGCGACCGUGAACUGCGCGGACAAUACAGGCGCCAAGAACCUCUACAUCAUCUCCGUCAAGGGCAUCAAGGGUAGGCUCAACCGCCUGCCGUCCGCCUGCGUCGGCGACAUGGUCAUGGCCACCGUCAAGAAGGGUAAGCCCGACCUCAGGAAGAAGGUCAUGCCCGCCGUCAUCGUCCGCCAGCGCAAGCUGUGGCGCCGCAAGGACGGAGUCUACAUGUACUUCGAAGAUAAUGCUGGAGUCAUUGUGAACCCCAAGGGCGAGAUGAAAGGAUCUGCCAUCACUGGACCUAUUGGCAAGGAGUGCGCUGACCUUUGGCCUAGGAUUGCUAGUGCAGCAAAUGCUAUUGUCUGAUACUACUGGUUGGGAGGCUGGGUUGAGAUAGUUUUAUUGUGAUCCAUUUUAACCUUUUCUGUACUUCAACAUCUGUGGAAAUUUACUUGAUUAAUGUACUAAGGGAAAAGACGCUUAGGCGCACAAUUAAAAUAGGCCGAACUGUGCACUUCUGUAGUCAGUUUAGUGAUGUGCUGGCGUUGUGAUCUUGUUUGGAUUUGUGCUUUUGUAUGAUGGUUCCAGUAUUAAGCCCUGUACCACUAUUCUUUUUUAGGCCGAACUGUACCACCAUUCUUUUUUAGGAAUGUUUGAAGU